GCCGUCUUCUUCUUCUUCCUCCGGCACCGCCGCCCACCAAACCAACCAACCAACCAGCCCCGCCUCGAGCCAAGCAAAACCCUAGCAAAGGGGAGGGGCAGCGCCGGCGGGGGCGACGGGGCGUGGGGGCGACGGUGCGCCAUGGACGCGAUCCGGAAGCAGCUCGACCAGCUCAUGGGCGCCAACCGCAACGGCGACGUGCGGGAGGUCAGCCGCAAGUACUACGACCGCGACGUCUGCCGCCUCUUCCUCGCCGGCCUCUGCCCCCACGACCUGUUCCAGCUCACCAAGAUGGACAUGGGGCCAUGCCCGAAGAUGCACUCGCUGCAGCUGCGCAAGGAAUAUGAAGAAGCGAAAGCCAAAGGUAUGGACAAUUAUGACCGUGAAUUGGAAGAAACUAUAGAAAGACUAAUAUCGGAGUGUGAAAGGAAGAUUCAGAGAGCCCUUAAACGUCUAGAGGAGGACGAUGCCAAGGCAGCUAUAGCAAUUUCCAUCACUGAAGUCACACAGAGUAAAGAAGUGAUUGAGUUCUCCAAACAAAUCAAGGAGAAGAUGAAGGAGAUUGAUGCUUUUGAUCUUGAGGGAAACACUGAGGGCAAAAUUCGGGCUACUGAAGAGGUUGACAAGCUCAAGGAACAGAGGGCUGAAGAGCAGGCAAAGCAUCUACUUGAAGCUUUUAAUAAGGACCGUGUCUCACUAAUGACUUCACUCCAAACUGCUAAUCAAUCAAUUCCACCACCACCUGUUGCUGCUGCUCCAGAUGCACGCACACAAGAAAUGAUUGAUGAAAAACUCAAAAAGGCAGAAGAACUAGGUGAGAAUGGAAUGAUCGAUGAAGCUCAGAAACUUUUGGAUGAAGCAGAAGCUCUAAAGAAGCUUGGUGCUCGGCCACAGCCUGUUCCGGACUCUGCAAAGAUGUCAACUCACGUUCAGAUUACUGAUCAAAAGUUGCGCCUGUGUGACAUAUGUGGAGCAUUCUUGAGCGUAUAUGACAGUGACCGGCGUUUGGCAGAUCAUUUUGGAGGGAAACUUCAUAUGGGUUAUAUGCUGAUACGUGAGAAGUUAUCCGAACUGCAGGAAGAGAAAAACAAAAGGCGCAAGAUAGACCGAGCUGAGCAUGAGAGAAGGUCCAGGGACAGGAGCCUGGAACGUGACAGAGCAUCUAGCAAGGAUCGCCAUAGAGGAGAUCGAGGCAGCAGCCGUGAUAGGGACAGGGAUUAUGACCGCAGGAGAAGCCAUGAUCGAUACCAUGACAGAGAAAGUAGGUCGGACAAGGACAGAGAAUCAGGGAGAUCCCAUAGUUAUGAUUCAAGGGGCUACCGAAGGUCACGCUCCCCUAGGGACCGUUCCAGAGACUAUGAUCGAUACGGGCGUGACGACCGUCGGCAUCGACGCUAGACACAUGGUCGAGGGUUUUAGCAUGAACCGGAUCGUUUGGUGUUUCAAUUCAGAGGUUCAUGUGGGAAAGAUGCUUAUUUCCUGAGUAUAUCCAUUUGCACUACCACCAAUGAACAUGGAACUGAUGUAAUAGCUACGUGAAGUUAGGAUUCUAGUUGAUGCUGAUCAUGUACAACCAAAAUUGUGUUAAAGAGUUGUGGUAUGUCUCAGAUCAUCCAAAUUUAAAUUUGAAGAUAUCCUCUCCUCUUGAAACCCAUUUGUUCA